ACAAGGCUUCAAGGGGCAAACUAGAAGCUAUUCAACGGGGUUAAAAUCCUUAGGGCUCCAAAUCAGAGGCACGUUUCCCAAAAGUGGGAAGAGGAGCUGAAGCCAUUCUGCAGGAAGCCUUUGGGAAACGACCUAUGGAGAACGGAGGUGCAGGCACUUUGCAGAUAAGGCAAGUCCUCCUUCUCUUUGUUUUGCUGGGAAUGUCUCAGGCGGGCUCCGAGUCUGGGCGCUUUUCGGUGGCAGAGGAAAUGCAGAGUGGGAGCUUUGUAGGCAAUUUGGCAAAAGACCUGGGGCUGGAAGUGAGGGAGCUGUUCUCGAGGGAGGCUCGGGUGGUCUCUAAUGAUAACAAACAGCGGUUGCAGCUGGACAUAAAUACGGGGGAUUUGCUCUUAAGCGAAGCACUAGACCGGGAAGAGCUCUGCGGCUCCACUGAACCCUGUGUGCUGCAUUUCCAGAUAUUAAUGAAAAACCCCUUGCAGUUUUUACGGAUUGAGCUCCAGGUCAGGGAUAUAAAUGACCACUCUCCUGUCUUCUUAGACAAAGAAAUGCUUCUAGAAAUCCCAGAGAAUAGUCCUGUCGGUGCUGUGUUCUUACUAGAAAGUGCUAAGGAUUUAGAUGUAGGAAUCAACGCUCUAAAAAGCUACACAAUAAGCCCCAACUCUCAUUUCCAUAUUAAAAUGAGAGUCAAUCCAGAUAAUAGGAAAUACCCAGAGUUAGUUCUGGAUAAGGCGCUGGAUUAUGAAGAGCAGCCUGAACUCAAUUUCAUCCUCACUGCUCUGGAUGGUGGGUCUCCUCCCAGGUCCGGGACUGCCUCGGUUCGGGUGGUGGUCGUGGACACUAAUGACAACUCCCCUGAGUUUGAGCAGCCAUUUUAUGAAGUGAAGGUUCCAGAGGAUGGCGAACUAGGCUCACUGGUUGUCACCGUCUCAGCUUGGGACUUAGACUCGGGAAAAAACGGGGAAAUAUCAUAUACUUUUUCCCAUGCCUCAGAAGAUAUUCGCAAGACAUUUGAAAUUAACCAAAAGUCUGGAGAAGUUAGUUUAACUGCACCCUUGGAUUUUGAAACAAUUGAAUCAUAUGCAAUAAUCAUUCAAGCCACAGAUGGGGGAGGCCUUUUCGGAAAAUCAACAGUCAGGAUUCAGGUGAUGGAUGUGAACGACAAUGCUCCUGAAGUGACCGUGUCAUCAAUUACCAGUCCAAUCCCAGAAAAUUCGCCGGAGACUGUGGUUAUGGUUUUUAGUAUCCGGGACAGAGACUCUGGGGACAACGGGAGGAUGAUUUGUUCUGUUUCCGAAGACAUCCCGUUCAUUUUAAAAUCUUCAAUUGAGAAUUACUAUACCUUGGAAACAGAGAGAACGCUGGACAGAGAAAGCCGGGCCGAGUACAGCAUCACCAUCACCGUCACAGAUAUGGGGACUCCCAGGCUGAAAACCGAGCACAGCAUAACCGUGCGGGUGUCCGACGUCAACGACAACGCCCCCGCCUUCACCCAGACCGCCUACACCCUGCGGGUGCGCGAGAACAACAGCCCCGCCCUGCACAUCGGCAGCGUCAGCGCCACAGACAGAGACGCGGGCGCCAACGCCCAGGUCACCUACUCGCUGCUGCCGCCCCACGACCCGCACGUGCCCCUCGCCUCCCUGGUGUCCGUCAACCCGGACAACGGCCACCUGUUCGCCCUGAGGUCGCUGGACUACGAGGCCCUGCGGGCCUUCGAGUUCCGCGUGGGCGCCGCCGACCGCGGCUCGCCGCCGCUCAGCAGCCAGGCGCUGGUGCGCGUGCUCGUGGAGGACGCCAACGACAACGCGCCCUUCGUGCUGCACCCGCUGCAGAACGCCUCGGCGCCCUGCACCGAGCUGGUGCCCAGGGCGGCCGAGGCGGGCUACCUGGUGACCAAGGUGGUGGCGGUGGACGGCGACGCGGGCCAGAACGCCUGGCUGUCGUACCAGCUGCUCAAGGCCACGGAGCCCGGGCUGUUCGGCGUGUGGGCGCACAACGGCGAGGUGCGCACGGCCCGGCCGCUGAGCGAGCGCGACGCGGCCAAGCAGCGGCUGGUGGUGCAGGUCAAGGACAACGGCGAGCCGCCGCUGUCGGCCAGCGUCACGCUGCACGUGCUGCUGGUGGACGGCUUCUCGCAGCCCUACCUGCCGGCCCCGGAAGCGGAAGCGGCGGACGCGGGCCCGGCCGACCCGCUCACCGUCUACCUGGUGGUGGCCCUGGCGUCGGUGUCGUCGCUCUUCCUCUUCUCGGUGCUGGUGUUCGUGGCGGUGCGGCUGUGCAGGAGGGGCGGGGCGACCUCGGUGGGCCGCCGUUCGGUGCCCGAGGGCCACUUUCCGGGCCCGCUGGUGGACGUCAGCGGCACGGGGACCCUGUCCCAGAGCUACCAGUACGAGGUGUGUCUGCGGGGAGGUACUGGGACCAGCGAGUUCAAGUUUCUGAAGCCAGUUGUGCCCAAGUUUCAGGGCCAUUCCCCUGGUCCAGAAAUAGAAGAAACCCCCAACUUUAGGAAAGAUUUUGGUUUCAGUAUUCAGUGACAGUAAUUGGUUUUCAUAUUCCACAUAUUUUAAAUUGAUGAUACUUCAAGAUGACGGUUUUUCUGGCAACCUUAUCAUUAACUUUUAAACUACACUAAACUUGCCUGCAAAUUUUGUUUUAAAGAAUGGUUGGUGUCUUAUCUUCAUUACUGUAACAAGAUUAACGGUCCUAAAUCUUGCCUCUGACUCAAAACACUGAUGACGUCAAUAAUUGUACAAGUCCUUUCUGGCAUAGCUUAGAAAUGUGUUAAGAAAAAAAACACACUGGGAAAUUAAUUCUAUACAAUCAGUUGUAUUUCCUUGACUUUUUCUUAUUAAUUUUUAAACCAUUAAGUAUAUAAGAGCAGUACCACACUAACACACUGAAGCAUGCCCAAUGAGGAGGGAGAGAGAACUGGAACAGUGAGAAUCUGGCUCUUACUUUAUGCUGCUCUUAUAGUGCUUUGAUCUUCUCUUACUAAUUGUGCUUCCUUUCAUUAAUAUACCAGUGUUAGCUUUAAUAUAGCUAUUUUAAUUUUCCCAUUUAGUUUCCAUUCUAAUUUUUUUCCAUUUAGUUUCAUUGGGGGGAAGCUACACUGUGUUUAUCCAGUGAGAUAAAAGGGCAUAAUCGGAAAUUGCCUUUUCCCACUUGAGAAACAUUGGUCAUCUGUGACAGAAAAUGCAGUAGCUGUACAAUCUCCAUUCAUCUUUUUUUCUUUAGUAACACACUCCAAAUUUCAUUUAGAGCAUUAGUGUGCUUAAUCAAAAAAACGUUUUCUGAGCUUCCUUGGCAGCUAAAAGGGGACAUUUGACUGUAUAUGCAAAUGCUGUAAGAGACUUCCAAGAAGGCCAUUAAAAGGGAGGUGACUCAUCUAGGAAGGGGACCCCUUUCUGUCCUUCUCUAACUGCCUCUUGCUGCUUGCAAUAUGAGAGUCUUGGUUGGAACACAGUCAGUCAUAUUAAGCCAUAAAGCAACACUAAGUGGAAAUAAUGGACCAAAACAGUCAGUAUAGAGUAAACUUUAAAGAGAUGAGGAUCCCUGAUAAUCACAGAGUUAACAUGUCAUCCCUGGAUUGCCCACUUCUGAGCUUUUUUUACAUGAGAAAUAAAGGAACUUCUAUCUCAUUUAAGCCACCAUCAUUUUAGUUUUGUGCUACCUCCAGUGGAAUCCAAUCCUAAUGCUUUCACAGUAAGAUUUUUUGUUAAAAUGUUAUAUAAUAGUAAAAUGCAAAGAUCUUAAGUGUGUAGUUUGAUCUAACUGAUCUUUGUCAAGUUUCCUUUGAUUUCUAAUUUAGUUAAAAGUAGAGUACAGAGUGCUUUACAUUCAUUAUCUUUUUAAUCCUCUGCCAAACUCUAAGGAAGCUGGCCUGUUAUUUCCUUUUUAACUUGUUCACAAUUCUGAAGUAAUAAAAGAAAAAAUUUGGAAUAUAUUCUAAGUCUACUUGCAUGGAAUGUCCCAGUUCUUAACCCAUAUGCUAUCAUAUGGAUGGCAGGCAUUAACUAUCAUAAAGAUGGCAGGCAUUAACUGGUGGCAAUGUCUUCCUAACCAAGGAAGUGAAAUCCUUCUGUUGCAUGAAUUGAACUCCUAUGUAGAAAUGUAACUUUUAGUCUGUUGCUUGCUUUUGUUUGUAUACCAAAGACCACACUGCUCUGGACCAAUAAACCCAAAGUUCUUAUAGAAGCAUUGACCUAAGUAAGCUGGGUCAGAUACCACAGCUGACCUUCAGCAUGAUCAAAUCAGCCUGAUUAUCUUCCUGUACCUUCUCAACAUAUCACAUUCAUUACUGCAGAAAUGAAUGCCUCAGAUAUGAAGUAGAAUUAUCCUAUGGUUGUAUUUCUUGAGUUUUUUGUACUAUUUAUUCCUUCAGUCUUUUUCUGUCAAUCCUAAUAUAUAUUUUCUCUUUUUUUGAAAGUUUAUUAUAUACAUUUUGUAAGUCCCUUAUUCAAAUUGUAUAUAUUCAUUAAAACACACUAUCUUUAUGAAAGCAGUUGCUACUCUAGUAUUAGCUCUAAAUUAAAUAAUUUCAGAAAAGUAUAGGCAAUGAUAUGGAGGAGUUUUUAUCACUAAAUAAUUUAGAGAUUCUGGAAAUUAAAUAGACAUAAAGCUGAUAGGCUACAGUUAUUUUCUGUUAAAAUUAACCGUAUGUCUUUGACAACCCUUCUUAAAAAUUAUGCUGAAAAAAGAUUUAGAGGGUCAUAAAUGACUUUAUUCUGAAAGGAUGGCUCAUGAGAGCUGAAUCAGACAUUCUUCAGCAUUUGCUGUGAUAAUCCAGUUUUACAGAGUGAUGACUUGUUGACUCAGAUGCUGGGUGCAUGAAAUUUCAGGCUUAUGUAUUAAUUUUCUAAUGCUACUUGGUUGCUUAAAACAAUAAAAAUGCACUACUAUCUAGUUCUGUAGGUCUGAUGUCUGAUACGGGUAUGACUCAGUUAAAAUCAAGAUGUCAGCAGGGGUUCAUUCUCUUCUGGUGGCUCUAGAGAAGAAUCUAUUUCUUUGUCUUUUCCAGCUUCUAGAUGCUGCCUACAGUAUUUGACUCAUGGUCCCUUUCAUCCAUCUUCAAAGCCAGCAACAUUAUGUCUCCUAGUCCACUUCUUCUGUAAUCACAUACUCCUCUGACCAUAGCUAGGAAAGGUUCUGUCCCUCCCAGAUAAUCCAAGAUAACCUGCCCUCCACAAGGUCCUCAAUUUACUUAUAUCUAUUAAUUCUCUUUUGCCAUGUAAUAUAACAUAUUUACAGAUUUGGGGAAUUAGGGCAUGGGCAUCUUUCGGUGGGUGGCCAUCAUUCUGCCUAUCGCAGGUUGAUGCUUGGAAGAAAAUUAUCCAGUCUAGCAGGACCACCUGUGGCCAAAGGAAGGCAUACAAAGACCUUUAUAACAGGAGUUUAGACCUCAUUGAUUGAAUGCUUUAACCCCA